AUGUCCGAUCCACUGUUGGAAUGUGCCUUGUACUCCUAUACCAAAGAAAUUGCAAUGCUCCAUGACAAACUUAUGGAUUUGAAAUUUAAAAGGAAGGAACUGCAUAUUUACCGGCAAUUCUACAGAAAAGGCGGACAUACUAUUGUUCAUGAUGUGAAACACAAGAAGCUCAUAAACAAGUCCGAACCUGAUCACAAUAGAAACCGAAGCGUUACAGCCUGCAGAAUUAAUGUCAUGGAUAUAAUAGAAUGUUACGAUGUAAAUACUUUUAUGCAGGAAAUGGAUUACACGCGUGGGGAUGAGCUCACUUUGGAUGGAUACAAGUACCACAGGGGCGACCUAAAUAUUGAUUUACUUAAAGUCGAGGAAAAAGUUGGAUACAUUGUUCACGCCUAUUUAUGGACUAGCGAUCUUCAGGAAGGCGAAUUUAUACUGACAAAUCUCUCCAGAGAGGUGGAUGAUGUUAUACAACUUACCAAAAUAUAG